UUAGUAUAUAUAAGCCAUAUACACCUCACAGGUGUGGUAUAAUGAAUUUAUUUUCUGAUGAAGCCAAUCAUUGCGCAUGCGCAGUAGGUCAAACAGACCGCGUGUGUUUCAUUGUCAUGGCUGAAGCUGGAUCUAUGGAAGAGAAUCAAGAAAAGGAGAACGUUCCUCCUUCUAAAAAAAGAAGGGUAUCGUUGUCUUUAAACAAGAAAAGAUUCCAGCCAUCAUCAUCAGAGGAAAUCGACGAAAUGGCCAAGCGUAAAGUCCCGAAAAACACCGAAAAGACGAGCAAGUGGGCCAUGAAGAACCUAGAGGACUGGUUUAAGGACUACAACGAACGGAAUCCCGACAAAAAGUGUCCUGAUGAGUUUCUCACGGGGCACGGCUGCUCUAAAGAAGUCAUUUGUAAGUGGCUAUGUCUGUUUGUCAACGAAACUAGGAACAAAAGCGGCGAGAGAUACCCACCAAAGACCAUUCAGUGUUUGCUAGCAGGAAUUAUGCGUCAUAUGCGUGACCAAAAUUCUGAGUAUCCUAAUUUUAUGUCAAAAGAUGAUCCAGCUUUCCACACUUUCAUAGUCACUCUUGAUAACCUCUUUAAAAAUUUGCGUAGUGAUGGAAUUGGCACUGAAUCAUCUCUUACCGAAUCAAUUUCAAAAGAAGAAGAGGAUCAAUUGUGGAAAAGUGGGGUUCUAAAUGUUACUUCACCAUUGGGUUUAUUGCGUGCUGUUUUCUAUUAUAAUGGAAAAUGUUUUUGUUUGAGAGGGGGUGAGGAGCAUCGCCAGUUAAAGAUAUCACAAUUUCAACGGUUACAGAAUCCUAAUCGAUAUGUAUAUUCUGAAAAUUCUUCUAAGAAUAGACCUGGUGGUUUGUUGCAGACUUAUCUGAGUCAUAAAGUCGUCCCUAUUGUUGAAAACCCUGCUGUUGGUGAGCGAUGUCAUGUUUCUAUUCUAGACAAAUAUAUCAGUAAGCUUCCAACUAUUGCUCGUGAAAGGGAUAUU